UACACAUUGAAGCAUGGCGCAUUUGUCUUUGAAUAAGUACCUUCAGCAGGUUGAGGAAUCCAUAUCGGAAAAGGAUGGCUUUUCUUUAGCAGAGUUACUGUCAUUCAAACAUCCACAUGUUGCCAACUACAGACUUCACCUUGAACACCCAGAGGCGCAGUGUCAGCAAUGGUUUGAACCAUCAUAUGAUGAGCUGGUGGCAGCUCAUUUAAGAUGCACAUGGGCGGUAGCAAACCAUGACUUCAUUGAAGCCUAUGGAUGUCAGGCAGUUGUUGUCCAAGCAUUCACAAAAGCAUUCCAGAGCCAGAAGGAUGAGAACUGGGCUUUACCAGUCAUGUUUGCCGUUUGUCUCGACCUCAGGUUAUUUGCCAACAGUGGCGAUAUCCAGCUGAGUAAAAAAGGGCGGGGUAAACCAGGAGAGACUUUAGAAAAAGCUGCUGAACUUCUCAUGGGCUGCUUCAGGAUAUGUGCCAGUGACAACCGAGCAGCUAUAGAAGAAUCCAAGAAAUGGGGCAUGCUCAACCUCAUCAACCAACUUUUCAAAAUAUACUUCAAGAUAAACAAACUUCAUUUAUGUAAACCACUGAUCAGAGCCAUGGACAGCUUGCCCAUCAAAGAUAAAUUCAGUGUCUCACAACUCAUUACAUACAGAUACUAUGUUGGAAGAAAGGCAAUAUUUGAUGGCGACUUCAAAAGUGCCGAGGACUACUUGUCAUUUGCAUUCCAGAGAUGUCAUCGUUCGAGCAAAAACAACAAACGACUUACACUUAUCUUUCUCCUGCCCGUCAAAAUGUUGCUUGGUCACAUGCCUAAAGUUGAGUUGUUGAGGAAGUACGAUCUCUUACAGUUUGCAGAAGUCACUGAAGCAGUAAGCUCUGGCAAUAUACUCCAACUUAACGAGGCUUUCGAGAAGCACGAAGCAUUCUUCAUCAAGUGUGGCAUCUAUCUAAUCUUGGAGAAACUCAAGAUCAUCGCGUAUAGGAAUCUAUUCAAGAAAGUCUACAUGCUCAUGAAGACGCAUCAACUGCCCAUUGAAGCCUUUGUGACAGCAUUGAAGUUUAUGAAGAUUGAAGACAUUGACAGUGAUGAAGUCCAGUGUAUAUUGUCCAACCUGAUACACGAGAACAUGAUCAAAGGAUACAUCAGCUACCAGCAUCAAAAGUUAGUCGUCAGUAAACAAAAUCCAUUCCCGGCAUUGGCGACUGUCAGUUAGGAUACCUUCGUCAGAUUUAUCUGGUGCUUCGUUAGAGGACAAAAGACACUGCUGAGAGAAGGACAGAGGGGCUGUUGUUACUGCAUUUAGGACAUUCUGUCUGUCUUUGGGUUAGAAGGAGAUACUUUCUGUCAAAAUGAUUCUUUCUCCUUCAGCAUUCUAAAUGUCAAACUUACAUCAUUUGUACAUUGUACACAGUGGUUGAUGGUAACUUUUGUAAUGAUUUGUAUUUGUAAAAUGUUGUAAAAAAUAAAC